UGCUUUUAAAAUGGUUAAGAAAGAAAGUGACAGAGAGCGGGAAGGCAUUGCUACUCUCUCUCCUCUCUGCUUUGCUAGUUUGCUUACCUUGAGCUGACAGUCAUCUCCCUUCUUUCUCCUUUUUCUUUUUCUUCUCCAUCCUUUUGCUUCUUUCAUAAGCUUAAAUACCACGCGAUCUACGAGUUUUUAUUGAGAUCUGACUUUCAUUUGUUUUUUGUUCAAGUUUCCUCCUUAGUUUUCCUCUUCUCAGCUAAAAAGAACAUGGUUUCUCCCGUUGAGAUUGAGAAUGAGACUGAGAAAAAGGAUGUUGGAUAUUCAAAGUAUCCUAGGCAUCCUCGUUUAAAUGAAAGAAUACUUUCGUCCAUGACUAGAAGAUCAGUUGCUGCACACCCAUGGCAUGAUCUGGAGAUAGGUCCUGGAGCUCCUGUAAUUUUCAACUGUGUCAUUGAGAUAGCUAGAGGGAGUAAGGUGAAAUAUGAACUUGACAAAAAGACUGGUUUGAUUAAGGUUGAUCGUAUUCUUUAUUCAUCCGUUGUUUAUCCCCACAACUACGGAUUCAUCCCUCGAACUCUUUGUGAAGACAGUGACCCCAUGGAUGUCUUGGUUAUCAUGCAGGAGCCUGUUCUUCCGGGAUGCUUCUUGCGGGCCAAAGCCAUAGGAUUGAUGCCUAUGAUAGACCAGGGUGAGAAAGAUGACAAGAUAAUCGCUGUUUGUGCUGAUGAUCCUGAGUACCGGCAUUUCAAUGACAUCAAAGAGCUCCCACCUCAUCGUUUGGCUGAGAUACGUCGCUUUUUUGAAGAUUAUAAGAAAAAUGAAAACAAGGAAGUAGCAGUUGAUGAGUUUCUGCCCGCUUCUAUGGCCCAUGAGGCAAUACAGUACUCAAUGGAUCUUUACGCAAACUACGUCGUGGAGACCUUGAGGCAGUAGUAUUCGUUAAUGGAGUUGAUAUUGAAGUUUGUAUUGUAACUUGUAAGGCUCUUGUAUUGAAGAUAUUUCAAACAGGUUUAUUCCCUUAUCUGUUGAAAUAUAGAUGCUGAAGUGAGUGGUGACAUUCAUUCUAAGUGUCGCUUGAAGUUGGAUGCUCACGUCUGUGUAAUACACAUCUUAAGCGUUGUAAUGGUCCACAUGAAUUGAAAUUUUUUCGGUAUUUUCUUCAUAUUACUAUAUAUUUUUUCUAUUUUUUAA